AUGGGCUGGCUCAGUGUCGGACUGCUGGUGGUCUCAGGAGGCUGCAUACUGUAUAGACAUCCGCCCGCUUCUAUCAUUCAGCUUCUGUUAGGACGUGGCUUCCAGCGAAAGGAGUGUCUUGCUCAGCAAUCCCAGACGGCCGAAGUGCAAUCUCGGGAUGGCGAUGACAAGCAGGAACCAUCAUUUCCUGGAUCUUCGCCGUCGAUAUUGAUCGUGGCUACACAAGAAGGAAACGAUGCUGUGCCUGCAGAUGGUUCACCACCAUCAGCCACGCCCAGCGCUGUAUUGUCGCCUUCAUCGGUAGGAGCAUCCACGAAACUCGCGCCCUCACCCGUCCAUGCACCUCCCGUCAAGAGUCCUGCGAUAUCCAAACCUCCGACCUUCAGCUCCAUGCCCCCUCCACCACGUCCCUCUACCAGCGCUCCACUGCGUCCACCCCCCUCCGCGGCCGCAUCACUCCGAGUACCUCCGACCAAGAAUUUCUCUAAUGCUGCCUUUGCUCCCUCUCGCCUGACAGCAAAAUCACCCAAGUCCUCGCGCCAGGUCACACUGACGCCCGGCCACUCGCCGUUAGACUGGGCAGCGCUCACCUCAGACCCGAACAACAAACUUCGCGGCAAAGACGCUCCAACGGACCAGCUGAUCCGUGUAUCUCCGUCCCGGUUGAGAUACCAAAAUGGGCGGAAGGGAAGAGAUGCGUGGACCGAGUAUCAGGGAAAGGUGUACAACAUUACUCCCUACCUGCCAUUUCAUCCUGGCGGGGAAAGUGAGUUGAUGAAGGGUGCAGGCAGAGAUGCAGCAACGCUAUUCAUGGAAGUUCACCCUUGGGUCAAUUGGGAGGCGAUGCUGGGAGAAUGUCUGGUGGGUAUCCUGGUUUCAGAAGGCGAGGAACAACAUGGUCGGAACGACGGUGCUGCGGAGCUCGACGAGAUGGAUUGA